UCUUGCAUUCUCUCCCUCAGCAGGUGCAGAAAGGAAACGCCUCGAAGCCCUUCAUCUUUCCUCUGCAUCUGUUCUUGAUUUCUUCUCUCAACCAUUCGAGCAAAGAAAAACGUAGAAUUGUAAGUAGAAAUGCCUUCUUUGGAGGAUGAAUUCUUCCCUUCUACGCCGGGCAAGAAGGACAGAGCCCACACCAUUAAUCGACAAUUCCAUCGAUGCUUUGCUUCUACCAGUACUAUGUUCCUCUGGGCUCUCUUCUUGAUCGCUUUAACAGCUUCGUAUCUCAGUUUCCAGAGUCUUGUGCACUCGGGCAGUCGCUAUUUCACGGCUUCUUGGGGUGGGAUUCAAUGGGAAAAACAGGUUCGAACGUCUGCCCAGAUCCGUCGGUCCGGUGGGAUGUCCGUCCUCGUCACCGGUGGUGCUGGGUUCGUCGGUACUCACGUCUCUCUUGCUCUCAAGAAACGCGGCGAUGGCGUCGUGGGCCUUGAUAACUUCAACAAUUACUAUGACCCAUCUCUGAAAAAAGCUCGGAAAGCCCUGCUGAACAACCAUGGCAUCUUCGUCGUCGAGGGUGACAUUAACGACGCCCGUCUCUUGGCGAAGCUCUUUGACAUCGUGGCGUUCACUCACGUUAUGCAUCUCGCAGCGCAAGCUGGUGUUAGGUACGCCAUGGAGAACCCUCACUCUUACGUCCAUAGCAACAUCGCCGGCCUCGUUUCUUUGCUCGAAGCUUGCAAAUCGGCGAACCCUCAGCCGGCUGUGGUCUGGGCUUCUUCCAGCUCCGUUUACGGACUCAACGAGAAAGUGCCCUUCUCGGAGUCCGACCGAACGGACCAGCCAGCGAGCUUGUACGCGGCGACGAAGAAGGCCGGAGAAGAAAUCACACACACAUACAACCAUAUCUACGGUUUAUCAAUAACCGGGCUGAGAUUCUUCACCGUCUAUGGCCCCUGGGGAAGACCCGACAUGGCUUACUUCUUCUUUACCCGAAACAUUCUCCAAGGGAAGCCGAUAACUGUGUACCGGGGGAAAAACCGGGUCGAUCUCGCCAGGGAUUUCACCUACAUUGACGACAUCGUAAAGGGUUGUUUGGGGUCUCUGGACACGGCGGGCAAGAGUACCGGAAGCAGAGGGAAGAAACAUGGUCCGGCACCAUAUCGGAUAUUCAACCUGGGGAACACAUCACCGGUAACGGUACCGGCACUGGUCGGAAUUCUAGAGAGGAAUCUGAAAAUGAAGGCGAAGAAGAACAUCAUCGACAUGCCUGGUAACGGAGAUGUGCCCUUCACGCACGCUAACAUAAGCUCGGCGCGUAGGGAACUCGGGUAUAAACCCACCACCGAUUUGCAAACCGGGUUGAAGAAAUUCGUUAGAUGGUACCUCAGUUACUAUGGUUACAAUCACGUCCAAGGCAAAGCUGUAAAUUGAUUUUUUUUAAAUCUUUUUAUUUUUUAUUUUUUGUUUCUUGAUAAAAAAAAUCAAUGAAAAUUGAUUCUUUUCUUGAGGAGGCGGUGAUGAAGACGCUGAUCCUCACUAGUUUUGAGGUUUCUUAUAACUUAUAAGGGAAUUCUCUCACUCUCAGUUCUUUUUAUUUA